AUGUCAUUUGGUCCAUUCUUUGCUCCCACUCGAACAAUGGAACCUGCUUCAAUGAUAAAUAAUAUCGGCGAAUCACCAGCUGUACCUUCCUUAAAUAAAUUGAUCUGGACAAGCUCACAUUGUCAGAAUUUUCUAGUUGGUGAAAUGAAAAGUUUUAAUGAGCCAACGAUACCUUCAGUUGUUAAUACCGCCACAAACGAUCAAAAAAUACAUAAUCACAGCAGGAAACAACAAAACUUGAACAGAAAAAAGCAUCGAACGGAAAAUUCAAAUCAACCUUCACAUACAUCGAACAGUAUUGCUUCAAAAUCCUCAGAUAUACUAUCCAUCGGUAAAAAGUUUAACAAGAACAAUAAUAAGAACAAUAAAGAGAAUCGUGAAUCUUCGGAUCAAAAAAGGAAAAAGAAGCGAAUCAAUAAAAAUGCAAAGGAUUCACAAACCAUGGAAUCAAUAGACGAGGAGGGUGAUAUUGGUGCCGUUUUCGAAAAUACUGAUUCUCCUCGUGGGUUAAUUUCGGAAUAUGAUUCUUCGGAUUUGUCAAAAUUGAAAGAACGUUUUAAUUAUGCUUCGAUUGAUUGUGGGGCUAAUGUGUUAAAGGCAAAUAAAGAAGCCAAAGGUACCUCGGCCAUCUUAUCUGAAAGUAAAGACUCUUAUGUGCUCAACAAGUGUUUAGUAGAAAAACAUUUUAUUGUGGAAUUAUGCUAUCCAAUUCUUGUGGAUACUAUAGUGUUAGCAAAUUUCGAAUUUUUUUCUUCUACUUUUAAAAACUUUCGAGUGUCUAUAAGUAAAUGGUAUCCACCAAAGGAAGACUGGAAAGUCAUUGGUGAAUAUCGUGCAAAGAAUUCUAGGGAAUUGCAGAUUUUCAAUGUGAAAGAUCCUAUUAUGUUCGUAAAAUAUCUUCGUAUUGAUUUUCAGACGCAUUAUGGACAUAAUCAUUAUUGUCCAAUUAGUUUACUUCGUGUACAUGGAAAUAGUGAGACGGAUAUGUGGAAUAAAGAGCAAGAGCAAGAUGGAAUUGCCCAAUCAACAUCACAAGAAGAAAAUCUACUGAAUGUCGAGUCUAUUGACAUAUUAGAACCUUCUAUUGAAUCAGACGAUUUAGACAAAUUAUCGGAAGAUACUCAAACGGAUUCAGAACAUUUUAAAGCUGAAAAUGGUACAUUGCAACGAAAACAAUCUCGUUCGGCGAUUAAUAAUAAAAUCACAAAGUCACAUAACCGAGACGUGGAUGCUCUAAAAUCACCACUCAAGAACAUUAACGUUUUUGAACAUGGAUUUUGUCCUAGGGUUGAUCCUUUAAAUCGGCGAUAUUCAUUUCCGAUUAAGAUAUAUCAGGAUAACUCACUUAUAAUACAUCCUCGAAUUUGUCAUAUUGAUCAAUGCCCUAUUGUUGUAACAGAAACUGAUCUCUUGUCUGACAAUUAUAUUGAUAUCAUCGUUCCAAAUAGCAAAUCUCGCAAAAGUGGCAAUGCGAUAAAAAAACCUUUACCAGUUCAACCAAAGCAAAUUAAACCCGAUUACAAUAAUAAAAAUAAUUUACCAACCGGUGGGCCAAAUCAAAGUUCAUAUAUGUUUUUGUUUAAACGUAUUCUAACUCUUGAAUUGGACGCAACUAUUAACAAGCGACAUAUUGAAGAGCAAAGUAAAUUGUUGAGAGAAGUUUUUGGUAAGGUUAGCUCUCAUUCGGAGAAAAUUGCUUCAAUUAUGAAUCAUUUCACUGGUACAGUGGAGAGUUUGAAAAAUCAAUAUGAACAAUUGCUUAAAAUAACUUUCUCCGAAUUUCAUACUAAUCAAAUUUUUGUAGGUGUGACUUAUGACUGGGUGAAUGUACGAAAAUCUUUACUGGAUCUUCAUGCCGCAAUGAAUGCGAGAGCCUUGUCACAAAAAUUGACAAAUAUUCAACAUAAACAUACGAAUGAAGUUUUCUAUGACGUGGAAGAUUUUUAUACUGACAACGAGAAUGAAUAA